CCACAUUUUCAAAAAGGAAACAAAAUAUACAAAGGUCAAGAGUUAGGUGGAAUAAGAACAGAGAUCAUAAAAAUCGCCUCCUUCAAAAUUCCCAGAUCAUAUCUUGACAAUGCCUUCUUAGUGCUUGUAUCAUCUCCUUCGAUUUGCUCCAAAACAUGGCUGCCUCAGAAUCUACCUCAAAUCACACUCUCAACAAGCAUCGCAAGCUAGCCGGCAAAGUAGCCAUCGUCACCGGCGGUGCAAGCGGUAUUGGAGAAGCGACGGCGCGCCUCUUUGCCGAUCAUGGUGUGCGUAUGGUGGUGAUCGCCGACAUCCAAGACGAGCUGGGCAACCAGGUGGCGGCGUCCAUCGGAACCGACAGGUGCAGCUACGUGCGCUGUGACGUGACAGACGAGGAUCAAGUGAAACACCUUGUGGAAUCAGCGGUCAAUAUGUAUGGAACCCUCGACGUCAUGUUCAGCAACGCUGGUAUUCUCAGCCCCUCCGAUCAGACCAUCCUUGACCUCAACUUCACCGAAAUGGACAGUUUAUUUGCGGUCAACGUCCGCGGGAUGGCGGCGUGUGUCAAGCACGCCGCUCGGGUGAUGGUGGAGAAGGGCGUGAGGGGGAGCAUAGUAUGCACGUCAAGCGUGGCGGGAAGCGUCGGUAGUUUGAAGGGGACCGACUACUGCAUGUCGAAGCACGCGGUGGUGGGGUUAAUGAGGGCAGCGAGUGUGCAGCUGGCGGCGCGUGGGAUAAGAGUUAACAGCGCGUCACCCAAUGGAAUGGUGACCCCAUUGACAGCCAAAACACGGGGGCUGACCGAGGAGAAGUUAAGAGAGCUCUAUCGAAAAUACGCGAGGCUGGAGGGCGUGGACCUCACGCCGGAACACGUGGCGGAUGCAGUACUGUUUUUAGCUUCUAGCGAUUCGGAAUUUAUCACCGGUCAGGAUCUCAGGAUUGACGGUAGCUUCACCCAUCCGUGAAUGCCGAGGGUAUCGCUUGGCUUUUGCGAUUUUAUUUUAAUUGACAAUUUUAAAAUGUAUUGCCCUCCAAACACAGCCUGAGAAAUAUCGGUUGUUUUCCAAGAAAUAAUUUUUGCGUUUAUACGAAUAUCGCAUAUCAAUUAUCAAA